AAGCACUGUGGCUUAUCUUUCUCAAUUAUCUUCUGUUUCUGUGCCUGUGUUCUUUUUCUUUCCCUCCGUCUUUUACUUGAAUUUUCGAAUUUCUCUGGCUAUAUCAAAAUCAAUGAUAGCCGCAAACCCCAAACUUUGUUACUGUCAAGUGUUGGGUUUUCAUUACAUAACUCUGCCUGUUCCGUGGGAUCGGGCUGAGGGUUAUUCGAUUGUAGUCGUUACAGAGAACCAGUAAUUAUACAGCAACAAGAAUCCGCGAUGCAUUUCAAGGCGCUCAUGACGAUUGUGCAGAGUUUGGACAGUGAUACACACGGGAUGAAACAGAGACGAUGUCCCAAUCGCUCCCUCGCUAGGCUGCAGACCUACCAGGUAAAAUAUUUUGUUUUGCGUUCAAGUGAUUUUGCUUUACAGCUGACUAAUCAGCUCUUUAAACACACCGCACUUGCUCAUUCAUUUUAAUAUGAAAGCACCCAAGCGCGAUCAGUAUUGAACAGUCUGUAGCCCGUCUUUUUACUUCGUUUCGUUCCGUGUCGAACUAUUACAGAGAACAUUGGUGCUUCAAAUGUUAAAACCCAAUUGCCCGAUGCACAUGUCCUGUGCAUUGCAAUCUUUGCUUUUCAAUUUAAUCCGCAGGCACUCCCUUCGAUCGGUCCAGUUCAAAUAAGCUGUGCAGUAUUGUUUAAGACAAAAGCAGGGGUAUAAAAUAUAUGCGCAUAUUUAAAGUGUUCGUUUUUAAGAACAAUCAAAUAUAUUUUUCAUUUUAGUACAGACUGUAAUUUGACUGAAUCAUACGUGAUGUUUAGGUGACCUUGAAAUGGAUGAAAAUGUAUUUGUCAGCAGCUCAAAUCCGCUUAGCUACCCUUGUUUUCUUUCUUGACCUUUAUUUUUAUGCAUAUGUGCUGUAAAUAAAUUUAGUUUCUUCAACUGCACUUUUGUAGCUUUGGGGACGUCGUUGAUGGUUACCGGGAAUCCGAGCAACUGUCUUUCUUUCUUUUUUUUUUUUUAAUGCAGCUUGUAUUUAAACAAAUUUCGGCGUUCAAUGACAUUCGCACCCUGUUUCAUGCAUUCAAAGCGCUAGUUGCAUCAAAUUAAGUGCGUGAAGUUCAGGUCAUUCAAACUCUUUAUUUUAACGCUUGGCGUUGGAAGUUUCUUUUGAUUGUAGCGGGUAUUUGUGCGACUAUUCCCGAAGGUUUGCAUUCCUCGUUCGAAAACACACCGGCUUGCGAGAGACAAAACCGCUGUGACCGGCAGAGGAAGAUAUCCGAGAAUGUACGAUUCGAUAAACGUUUUAUGGCUUCUACCAUUUCAUCAGUCAAAAAGAAAAGAACUUACACCACAUACCAGCCGGAUUCGAACAUUCUUUUUUUUUGCCGAAGAAAUAGAUAAACAAUCAUCGCUGAAGGUUAAUCUGAUAAUCAUAUAUGAUAUAUUAUUCUGCGCAAUACAAGAGUUGCGGGAAUGAACUACCUUGCUUAUUAAUGUUGACUUUUCCAAUCUGGCCGGUCGUCUGAAACAGAACGAAAUGAUUGGGACGGCCCUUUUCUAAUAGCUUGGCGUUUUUGAAAAGAGCGAAAAUGUAAAAUUUCGCCGGCCGGUUAUUUUCUGUACAGUAAAUGUAAACGUUGAUUUUUUUUUCCACGAAAGCGUAUGAAACACAUGAUUCAAGAAAUGUUACCCUAAAAAAUAAAGUCAAAAAAUUAUUGUACACGAUCGGACACAGAAAAAACUAAACUGAAAAAGGUUAGGGUGCGGAUGUUGCGAAAUAAACUUCGGUUUUAGGAAAAUUCACCACACGUCUAAAUUUCCGGUUCCUGUCACCUCUCGGGGGUGUAGCUCAGUGGUAGAGCGUCCGCUUUGCGUGCGGAAGGUCCGGGGUUCGAAACCCCGCACCUCCACUUUUUUUCUUGUAUAUAAAUUUUUCUUCCUUGUUUUCUUUCUUUUUCAUUAAGCCCUUUUCUAAUUCACCGAAUGUCUAAAGUGUUUAACAGUUAAGAAGCAAGUUUCAUUUUUUUUUUACUUAGUUCUAGUUUAUGUUUAAUAGAAAGGGACACACUCGAGUGGUUAAUUUUGAGGUUAAUUUUAUCGGGAUUUUUAAUGAUGGGAUCAUGAAGAGGUUGCAGCACUAAAAUAAACAAGAUAUUGAGUGAAUCUUCAUGAUCCCGUCAAGAAUUCGGUGUGAACCGGUGAUUCGUUUGUGGGAUUUGUUUCUACACGCUUAAGCAUGUUUAGACCUAAGCAUAUUCAAACCUGACCUUUCGCUGUAGAUUUCCAGGAAAUUAUUUGUAUCUUUUAGUUUAACAACUUUUAGCUUGUUUUUCCGUGUUUUCGACCAAGUUCGUGCAGUAUAUUUGUUUCUGUUAUGUAUUAUAUCGAUUUGAAUGAUGGUGCUGUAGCGUGUCUCCUGAUUUUCAGAUGUUUGUUGAAAUGAAUAUUUAUAGUUUUGAUUUUUGCGGGUUGUUACAUGUUAUAUUUUGAAAUUGUCGACCUUUGGAUUUUCUGGUCACGCCCGUAAUUGAUUGACGGUAAAGUUUAGACAGCCAGUAAAAGUUUGACUACUUUUAGUAAUGUUUUUAUCCUAAGCUAAUACCAAAUUAUUUUUAUAUUGCUCGCCUUGUUUUAUAUUGAUUGGACAAACUACGCUUCGCAACGAAAUUUAGGAACGAAAAUCGUUUAGUUUUGGCCAAACAAACAACUCAAAGAAUUGCAUGCUAAUGAGUCUGCCGACCAAUCAGAAAGAGCCUUACCCAAGCGUUAAUCUCGGCUUGCUGAUCAUGCAAAUGGCUUGUUGGUCAACUAUAACAUCAAAGUGUGGUAAUUAAAAGAUACCGUAAAAUUCCGAAAAUAAACACUGAGGCCCUUUUUGAGGGGCUUAUUUUUGGUGGGGCUUAUAUUCGGGGGGCUUAUCUAUGGAGGGGAAUUUGCGUUUCAAAAUUGAUUGGACUACCCUUAUUGUUGGAAGGAAAUUUACCGUUUUUGCUUUGUUUUGCUUUGUAUUUGAGGACAAUUCCAGGUACAAGCCCCCGGGAGGCGUAUAUUUGGAGGGGCGAUCUAACGGAAGGUUUUUGGCUUAACGAGCUCGGGGGGCUUAUAUUUGGAGGGACUUAUAUAUGGAGGGGCUUAUUUUCGGAUUCUACGGUGUUAGGAUUAUUCGCCAAUCAAAGAGGGUCUCCGGUCGCUGCGCUACAAGUCAUUUUGCUGCAUCAUGAAGUCGUUUCGCUGCAAAGCAUUUGUCGUUUCGCUGCAUCACGAAAUUGAUUCCCUUCAUAAUAAGAGCUGAGUCGCUUCAAAGACUUUUUUUCACUGAGUCCACUCUUCGCGCCUUUUUUCUACCAGUGCGUGAAGUUAGCGUUUUCCACCGUUAAGCAAACUUGACGUCCCCGUACAGUUUCACCAUUUUCCGCGAGAAAGUUAAAGCGAAUCUAGGGCAAGACUGAGUAUCGAUAACAAGGGAGGUAUAAAGGACUGGUCAGCGCAAGUUGACUACUGAAGUCUGUUAUCUCAAAGAGUAGUAGCCGGCUAUUCUUACUUACCGCUUUGUUUCUUGGUCAAUACCCACCAUUCCCCCCCCCCCCCCCCCUAUCCCCCGAGUGUUCCACCACAGUAAAUAACUGAAGUAACGUAACACCUGUUAAUAAGUCCACAUAUUUUUCACAGGGCUGUGAGGCUGACGAUGACGUGGAAGAUCAGAGUUACCAUCAGAAAGCGGAACCUGACACAGUUUCACAAGAAACACAAGAAAAUACUCAGGUAUCGCUACCCAUCUGCUGGGCGUUAACCGUCUUUUUUGUUCAGUCCUCCGUCCACUCAACCCAAGAUCAGGCCGAAUUAUAGCAGCUGUUAAAAAAUGGUCCAAAAGAAUCAUUACCCAGAUUAUCCAUUGCCUCUUUAAUUUCAGAACGCAUUGCAAAGAAAGGGACGGAAAACUAUUCCAGUGGCUGGUCCAUGGGGGGCGGGGGGUGUUUGAGGGGUCCAGACCACCCUAAAGAAUUCCGAGCAAUUUUUUAAAGUGUUCAGAUACCUGCCACGAAAUUGAAAUAAGCUACAAGAAAGCCCGAAGCUUCGCUAACAACCUUCAUCUCAUAGCUUAAAAAUAUGACUUGCGCUUCAUGUGCCUUUCAACUAUGGGAUGUGAUCAAUUAAUUUCAUUAAACUUGGACAACGUCAUUUUAUCACUUGUCACAAGGGACGACUGUUUCAAAUCUCGUUCUUCAUUUUUUCUUGAUGUGUCACGCGGCACGAAAGAAUGGGAAUUAUUGGCUUUUCCCGGGUGCACAAGGUGGACCCCUUUUAAGAAAAAUACCCAAAUCCACCCAUGUCGUCCUUUUAGGAAAAUCAGCCGGUUAAACAGUCUUUUUUUCCAAAGAAAGGGAGACUCAAAGAGCAUGAAGGUCUAUAUGCAAGACUGAAACUUCGCAACGGCAAAAGUCAGAUAGAGAUAGACGGGCUUUUUGUUACUUAAACCAUCGAACCUCUUCUUAGAUCCCUUGAUCCCAGAGAUGCCUAAUGAACCACGUGACUUAUAUUGGACACUUGACCCUUUUGGCGGGGGUGGGGGAAGUGUUAAAACGGGAGGUUUGACUCUACUUACGAAGGUUGCUUUCUUAUUAUCAGGAUUACAAAAUCUGGCUGAUAUUUCGACUUGGCCUUCUGAGUGGCAUGUUCUUCGUUCUUUUUGCCGUGCUGGUGAUCGCAGGUGAGAAAAAAGAAACCGAUGGACUGCUUCUCCUGGAAAGCAUAGACGCGCUGUCUAUUUUUACUCGAUUUUUUUCGAAGGAGUUAAAGACACUUUGAUGAACGGAAUAAGUUUAAUUCAGUCGGAUGUACAUUUAAGUUGAUCGCUGAUAAAAAAAAAAAAUACUUUGGAGGUGCGGGGAUUCGAACCCCGGACCUUCCGCAUGCGAAGCGGACGCUCUACUACUGAGCCACACCCCCGACGAGUUGCCUAAUAAAUCGAUGGCAAUUACGCCAUAGUUAAUGGAAUGGUUAUGAAACCCAUUAGACUCCUUUGUUAUAUGUUUUUGUUAGCUUUUUGGACCUGACUGUGCUCAACUUUCAUGAUCAAUGGCAUUCUUAUCAUUUUGAAUUUACUGACCAAUAGAAACAUCGUAUUAAUUUAUUCAGUCACAAUUUGUGAAUAAAAAACAAAAGAUUGUCCAAGGGAGCUUCCAACACAAGCUACUUACAGCACCGUUAUUCUCACGUUUGAUGUUUGCCGGCUUUCAUAAACAAAUCUAACCAGUCUCUUGUAUACCUAUGAUUACGUCAAGCCGACAAAAAACCAGCUGUUGAUACCGGAAAGGACGCCCUAUCCACAUAGGUUCCGUUGACGGGGAUACGUUUUCAAAAAUGAGAUUUGCUGCUGUGUCAAAAAACAAAGCAAAUUCCGAAGUUAGCUAAUCGUUUUUCGAUCGUUUUGAAGACGACUUUUUCUGUUGAAACCUUUGUCAAAAAAAUGUUACAAGAAUUAUAUUUUAUGUUUAUAAGAUGGAAAUUUUCAGUUUAUAGUUUCAGUUAAGUAAUAUAAAGAUAACUACAUUUUUUUUAUUUUAUGACAAUUAUUUUUGUUGUCGAUGCAGGGUGGCAUGGUCGCUUUAAAACCUUUUUUUUACUUUUUAAAAAACAUUUAUCAUAGUUUUUGUCUUUCCUGUUUCACGAAAAUUAGAGAAAUUCAAAUCUUAUUUUUGACCAUGCACUCUAAUGAACUAUAUCAGUUGAGAAGUGCCAGCCUCGUACCCAGGCCAGUUCGCGCUAUCCGAGUGACCGGAGGAGGCGCCGAGGACGACUGGGAACGAGGCUGGAGAAGUGCUGUUUAAAUUCUUAGCUUCCAAUUUUUUUAUUCACCUCUACAGCCAUAAAAGCAGACAAUGAUAUCCAGUGGGAGCCUGCCUUCCGUAUGUACAGAGGCCUGUUUCUCUUUGUCCUCGAAUUCUUUCUAUUUGGAAUCAAUCUUUACGGAUGGCAAUCUGUAGGCAUCAAUCACGCUCACAUCUGUGAUUUCAAGAACAAAUUGUGCCCUCUACGCGUGUUAGAAGUAAGUUAUAGACUGCAGGGGAGGGGGGGGACUCCUGAUCAAGCCAGAUAUAACGUUUAAGCUUAGUAAACACCUUUUUGCGAGCUUCAGUGAUCUAUUCCAGCGUAUCGGUGUAAUUUUUUCAAACACACCAUCUUGAAAUGAAUAAAUCAUUUGAAAAUGUAGACUUUGCGCUUCAUAUGUGGUCGCAAAACACUUAUCCAUCGAAGAAGCUCUCUCCGGGCGGGUGGCGCGGAGGAGUGAAAUUUGGAGAGUAUUUUCGCCCCCUUCCGUGCCCCCUCCCCCGAGAGAGGUUGCGCGCAGGCUACAAAACAUUUUGAAAACAGACCUUUUUGAAAACGUUGACGUGGCGAUAAUCAUGUGAUUUCUGUGGUUCCGAUUUAUCCGGAUUAAUGUAAACAUAUGAGACUUUGUCCAAUUUUGGUGACAAGGCGUAGAUUAAGUGCUCACUGUAGUUAAGAAUUCAUCAUGUUUUUAAGUCAUUUUUUUUUCCUUAACAGACCUUAACAUAAUCUUUUUAACAUAGCGUUAACAUAGGUGACAUCCCAGAUGAACUGAAGUCAUGCGCGACUGAGACAAAUUAAAACUAACAUACGUAUCCCUCAAAUAUUUUUUGUAAAGGAUUAAGAGAAAGUCAAAAUGAAUGUUAUUGAAUUGAGACCAUAAAGGAAUAAACUUGUCCAAGACGUAACUUCACAACACGAAAGCUAACGCACCUUUCCUUUUUUGACUAACAUAGUAACAUAUCAAUUUCACCCUCUUCAGUGCACGUACAAAUCUAUAGUCCUUGUGUUUUUUAACGCUUCUUUUCUUCUUCUCUUCUUUCUGAACAGCUUGGAAUCUUUUUCGCCGUUGCGUGGGGUGCAAGUGCUGUUGUUUUCCUUUUCUCCAAUCAGUUUGGAAUUGCUCAUUACGUCCAUCCUAUAACAUUGACCUGCAUGUUUGCAGUUUUCCUUAUCAACACCCUGAACUUUAAUUUUAGACACUGCAGAUUCUGGCUUCUUAAAGCCUUGGUAAGUGCGUUUUAUCUUAAAAUUGUUUUCAACAGUAGUUAUAUUUGUGGGUUUUGCUUUGGUGCGUUUUUCAAAAAUUCGAUUCGGUCGCGACAGUUUCAGACCGCGAUCGGUUGCCCUUCAUUCAUCAGAGCCAAGCGUGGCGAGUGAAAAAGUAAAAUUAUGUAAAUUCAUGGUAAAAAGGGGGAGAGAUGGUGGCUCAAAAAAAAAAAAAAAGAAAUUAGCAGUCUACGACACUUUGUCUAGUUCUUACCUAUCGAACAAAGCGAUCGUGAUUCCAAUUCCUAGCGCCCUGUCGCCCGCACCCCUUAACAUUUAGUUAUUGCUAGUCAAAACUACUGUUUCUCUCAAAUAUCUUUGUCUCUUCUGGGAGGUGGUCACAUGGAGGUACGACGGUUAUUGCAUUCUUUAUGAAAAGAAAAGGGCGAAUUCCUUCAACGCACCUCGUGGGGCGGUCGUGUCAAGUGACCCGAAUGAUCCAGUCUUGCGCGAUAACAAAAAAUUAAGUAUGAUUCGAGUUUUGGUUUAGGUAUUUAAUUAUUUAUCGUUGUUUAAUUAUUUUUGGCAGUGGAGGGUUUUGACGGCGCCAUUCCACCAUGUAGCAUUUGCAGACUUCUGGCUAGCAGAUCAGCUAAAUAGUCUAGUGGUAGCCAUAUUGGACAUGGAGUACCUUGCAUGUUUCUAUGCCUUAGAUUUCUACUCGGUUCAAGGUAAAUAUUCAAAUCAUGAAUGUUUUCUUUUAUCAUUGUUUUAGUGAAACAGGCGAUUCAUAAAAAGAAAUGUGAGAUCUUUAAGCAGGAGUCUGAUCUAUGACUUCUGUCUCGUAACUAAUGAUGAUGCUGUAUGACUGAGCUGUAGUAGACUAUUGGAAACUAAGGUCUCAUCCGUUUUCGUUUGAAAACGCAUACAUUUCGAUGCGUUGAGAUCUACCGUCCACACUAAUACGCUGAGCGUUUUCAUCGAAAACGCAUGAUUUUAAAACUCUCUUGAAAAUGGAUCGAAACGAAAACGCAUACAUAUCGUAUUAAAGUGGAAGGUCGAAAAAGGUCGAAAUGCAUCAAACGAUGACAGAAAGUAUCUUGGGUGCGUGUGUUUGUAGCAUUCGCGUAUAGUUCAACUUACGUCACAAAGUGCAAUUCUAUCGUUUUCGAACGUUUUAGUGUGGACAGUCGAAAACGCGUCAAAACGGUAGUGUGGACGCGAAUCGAUCGGUGCGUUUUCGAUGACAACGAAAAUGCAUACUUUCGAAAACGGAUUAGUGUGGAAAAAGCCUAAAGCUAUAAAGAGAAAACUCAAAACCAGUGCAAAAACUGUAUGUAGAGUUACAUAUCAGAGAAUUCAUAUGCAAGAUUCCAGUUGCGCUUGGCGUCUCGACCAACCUCGUUCCUAGUGUUCUCGAUCUGAUCUCGUUUACAAUCUGAUAAUUUCUUUUCUCUUCUCUACUUUUCUUAGAUCGUAGCCAAUGUGGUAGCAAGCAAUAUGGAUUGAGACCGCUGCUUGCUUGCCUCCCUGCUUGGUGGCGCUUCGCGCAAAGUUUGCGCCGAUAUGAUGAUACCAAACAAAAGUUCCCACAUCUCGCCAAUGCUGGAAAAUACUCCACGACAUUUUUUGUCGUCUUUUUUUCAACAGUGGCGACAACUAACAAAGGUAACUGUGUGCGAUAGCUCUGGGAUAACUUUGCUAUAAAAAAUGGUGUUGUAACUGUAGCUGACAAGUCGUCCUUUCUUGUCAACAGAGAACUCCGGAAAACAACAAGUGGACUUCUACUUCUUUUCCUGGAUCUUUUCAGCACUCGUAAGCACAGUUUACACGUACAUUUGGGAUGUGAAGAUGGACUGGGGUUUGAUGGAGCCAAAUCAUGGGUUUCUGAGAGCAAAGCUGCUCUUCAAAAACUUGGUAAGGACUGGCAGUUGUGAAUAAAUAACUAGCCUGCGUAGCAGGCGCUUGGAAGUAGUGGGCGAAAGAGAGAGUGGGCGCGCGCGAGGAAGACACGCGAGGGUGUCUCCUUCUCGCGCGCCCGUUUUUUCUUGUGCCCACUACUUCCAAGCGCCUGCUACGCAGGCUAAUAAAUAACCAAAAAGAUGACAACAACAACUAAAAUAAUGUAAAGUAGCCUUAGGUAGCUUAACCAAAGGCAUUUUUGAACAAUGUACGUCAACCGGAAGUGGACUUUUUGCAUCCUUGGGCAGUGGUUUUGCCAAAAUUUUCAGGCAAAUCGUCGUUAUUAUAACAGUAAAGACACUUAGCGAUGCAAAUUUGCUAGUGUCAAAGAUCUGACUUCCCGUCUACGUGCGCUGCUCAAAACACCUUUGCUUAAGCUCCCUAGUCUCUAACGGAAAAAACGUUUGCUUUUUAAUCUCUUUACAGUGAUCGAUUUCGGCGGAAUUAAGAAAGUCACGUCUCGUAUUGUUUUUUUUUUCUUACAGGGAUUCUAUUACUUCGCUCUAGUUAGUGACUUGUUCCUUCGUCUUUCGUGGAUUCUGACUAUUUCCGUCGGAGAAGCGGGUCUUUUCCACUCGGAAAUUUUGACUGCGUUACUAGCUGUAUUAGAAGUCUUCAGGUAAGGCCACCUGAGUUAUUUGUAGCCGCCGCCAUUAGCUCAUGUUAAGCUGGGCCUGUUAAUUAAUAGGGAGAUUCUGACACACGGCAACGGCUACGGCAGCGAAUUGGAAUAAACGCGGCAAAGUCCCUGAAAAAACGCUAAUUCAUUUUAAAGUGACGUUUUCGCUACCGUCGCAGUCGUCGAUACUAAAACUCCAUAGUAUCUUUUUGAAACCGCCCUCCAGAUUGGUUUAAGGCUCCUUCGACACCAACCUCGUUCCCAGGUUAUCUCUCCUACCCGUCGAGACACUCUCUCCCUCGCUCCCUAGGGACGGGUAGGAGAGAACCCUGGGAAUGAGGUUGUUUCUACACGUACAAAUCCGGGUAAAAAAAGAUGCCGUUUCUAGAAUGUCCGGAUACGUGUGGAUGGCACCUUAAACGGAGAAUUUGAAAGGAGAAAGUGGGAACAAAACCUAACUUGGUUCCCGUGCUUGUUCCUUCUUUCCCGUUGUCCGUUGCCCGUUACCCGUUACCCGUUGCACCUUCCUCACUAUAGUAGCAUCUGAUCCGAUAACCAACAACAAACACUGCAUUACCCAUAUUCGUGUGUAAUUAUGAGCCAUUGCUUCACACGUAGCCUGCGCGCAGACGAAAUUAAACUCUGGUUAACUCCGUCUGCGAAACAGCUCCGAAAUCCUUGUUCUGGACUUCCAGCUGUGUACCCAGAUUUGAGUACGCGCCACGAUUGGCCAGUUAAAAAAGGCCUUUGUUUUGUUUGUCGUGAUCGCCAAUCAGGUUGAAGGGGAAUUCGAAACGCACUUCCGGUAAUUCGUUGAGUCCGUUGGGGGUCCAGAACAAGGAUCUCUGCGCUGCUUCGCAGACGGUACUAAUCAGAGUUUAGUUAUCGUCUGCACGCAGGCUACUUCACACGUUGCUUAACUAACUCCUUGCUCUCUUCACAGACGAUUCAUCUGGAAUUUUCUACGCGUAGAAAAUGAACAUCUAUGCCGACUAAAGGGAGCAAAUCACGCUCAUAGUCGAGAGGAACUGAGAGAAUAUGACGAAGAUACUGUAUCCGAGGAAGUCGAGGAGUAGUUGCGAAUGCUGAAAGUUACCGAAGAUUCAAGACGGAAAAGUCGUAAUGGACGCCUUCUCGCUAAUUGUGCGAGAUUUGAAGACAACUGACUCUGAUCAGGGAAAUAAUUGAAGUCAAAACGGUGGAGGGAAGCAAAAAGAAAUUGUUAUAUACAGAGAAGAAGGAACUUGACAUAAAUUAAUUGUUUAAUAUAUAAAAAAGGAACAACAUAGUGAUAAAAAAAAGAACAACAGGGGAUCGAAACAACAAGAAAUUCUUAAUUAAAACGUUAAUAGGGGAAGAAAUCAAAGAAAAAAGGUUGUAUUGUAAAGAAGUCUGUUAAAAGACCUCUUACGUUAUGGCAUUGUUCCGAGUUAAUCGGGUUUUAAACCGUGACCGCAGAGAUUGUUCAGUUCACCAGCUUCUGUUGCUCUGUGACUUGGUUAAGGUGGACGUGAAAUGUUUUCAUACUAAGUAUGAGUUAACUUUUAACUUAAUUUAAAC